CCAUUUCGCCAUGCCAUCGCCGUCCCAAUCGGCCAAAGCUGUCAACCCAAAACUCGUUUCAACACGUUGAAAAAGUUUCGUUCUUUUCAAAGGGCCUCCUCUAUAUAUAUAUACGAACGCCACUCUGUUCACAAUCAUUCAACGCGGACUGCUAAAGCUCUCACGCAAACCACGACCCUGUUUCUACAAUUCUUUGAACCCCGCAAUGGAGUGGACCAGAGGCCGCACCGUCGGCCACGGCUCCACCGCCGUCGUCUCGCUCGCCACCUCGGCCGAGUCCGGCGAGGUCUUCGCCGUGAAGUCUGCCGAGCUGGGGUCGUCGGCGUCCCUCCAGAGGGAGCAGCGGAUCCUCUCUUCUUUGGCCUGCCCUCGCAUAGUCGGGUACAGAGGCUUCGACGUCACCGGAGAGGGAAAUAACAAGCUGAUGUACAACCUCUUCAUGGAGUUCGUGCCCGGAGGCACACUCGCUGACCUGACUCGGAAACUCGGAGGCAGGCUCAGCCAGCCGACGAUCGCGCGCUACACCCGCCAGAUUCUGGAGGGGCUCGAGCACCUGCACUCGCGAGGCAUCGCGCAUUGCGACGUGAAGGGCAGCAACAUCCUGAUCGACGAAGACGGCCCGAAGCUCGCCGACUUAGGGUGCGCGAGGCGGGUGGAUGACCCGUCGGCGGCGGGGUCGCCGUUCGGCGGCACUCCGAUGUACAUGUCGCCGGAGGUCGCGAGGGGGGAGGAGCAGGGGCACGCCUGCGACGUGUGGGCACUCGGGUGCACGGCCGUUGAGAUGGCCACCGGAGGAGCGCCGUGGAGCGGGGGAGACCCGGCUUCGGUCCUCUACAGGAUAGCGUACUCCGGCGAGUCGCCGGAGAUUCCGGGGUGGCUGUCGGAGGAAGCGAGGGAUUUCCUGGGGAAGUGCCUGAGAAGGGACCCGGGAGAGCGGUGGACGCCCCGUCAGCUUCUGGAGCACCCGUUCCUCCUCGGAGAAUUCAAGUCCGAAUUGCACGUUCGCGACGCGAAGCAAGUUCAGGAAUGGGAAUCGAGCGCUUCGGCUUCUCCGACGAGCGUCCUCGAUCGAGGGCUCUGGAGUCGGGCCGAAGUGUUGGAGACGACGGGCACGGCCGGCGCGCACGAGGGGGACGCGGCGGCAGGCGACAGGAUCAGGCGGCUGUCGGUGGGCUCAGCAGGGCCCAGGUGGACGCGGGACCACGACGACGACGGUGAGGACUGGAUCCACGUCAGGGGAUGCGUCGACGACGACGUGGAGAACGAUGGACCGGCGGGUUCAAAUGGUUGGUCGGAAGUGGACGCGGUUGGUGGGAAGGUCGGCGGUGAGGCGUUAAAUGGAGCAAUGAGUAGACAUGCUUUUGGGGCAUGGGAUUGCGGGGAAAUUGGUUUUGCGAUUAGGAACAGUGACCAUAUACUUUUGCGGCCCUUAAUGACAUAAUUACUUUUAAUUCAAUCUCCAUAUACUUCUACGAGG